UCGGGUCUCACUUGCCUCUGUGAGAUCAGCCCGAUCCACACUCUGGAAAUACACGUCAGUAAUGUCGCGGAAGAGAAACCACAGCGACGAGGACGAUGAAGACGACAUCUUUUACUACCGUUAUGCCGCAGCGUCCUUACCACCCCCACCGUCCUCUUCCAAAACCGUAACCACCGCUUCGAGCACUCCUCGCGGCGGCAGCGGCCGUUUAGCCCCUUCUAAGUCCACAGUAUACGUCAGCAACCUAGAUUUCUCCCUCACCAAUUCCGACAUUCAUACUAUAUUCUCUACCUUCGGCAAGGUCGCUAAGGUAACCGUUCUCAAGGACCGUGAUACCCGGAAAAGUCGUGGCGUGGCUUUCGUCCUCUUCGUCUCCCGCGAGGAUGCGGUCAAAGCUGUCAAAGGAAUUGACAAAAAACUCCUCAACGGCCGGACUUUAUCCGCUUCGAUUGCAUCUGAUAACGGCCGGGCGGCAGAGUUUAUCCGCAGGAAGGUGUACCCGGAUAAGAGUCGGUGCUAUGAAUGCGGUGAGGAAGGGCACUUGUCUUACGAGUGCCCAAAGAAUCAGCUUGGCCGGAGGGAAAGGCCGGAGCCGUCAAAGAAAGGGCGGAGGAGAGGCGGGGUUGAUGGUAAGGAUAGAAUAGGUGGACUGGGUUGGGGAGAUGAUGAGGAAGAUGAAGAAGGUAGAGGAGAGGAUUUUGAAGAGGAGAAUUGGGCUUCCGCUGUUGAUGGAGAUGCAGGAGAGAGGUUACUAAGUGGAGGAGACACUGAGGAAAUGAGGAAGAAAGUGAAAAGAGAGAAGAAAAGAGGAUAUUUUAGCGAUGAGAGUGAUGAAGAUGAGUGAUUCUCUCAAGAAUAGAUGUAGAUUAUACUUUAUAGUAGCUGAACUAGAGUGGUGAAAUUUAAUGGGGAAUAUCUGAGAAAAGGUAUGAACUUUAUAUUGAGCUUUGUUUUUUCAUGCACAUCUUUUAUCUGCUGUUGUUUGUAUUAUUGUCAUGUUUAAAUGAUGGAAUGAUUCUGUUUGAAUAUCAAAUUACUCCGAUGAUUACUACUCCGUAUCUAUAAAAUUUGUUAACUUAAGUCGC